AUGUUCGGGCUGAGCGGCGUCCAGCAGCAGCAGCCACUCUCGCGUGGGCGGCGCUGCCUCUACUGCCAGCAGCACGGCUGCCAGGGCAUUCAGAACUGCUGGUGGCCGCGCGUUCGGAAGCCCACGACGAAGUUGCACCGCGACACCGACGCCGGCAGCACGCCAGCGGCGCAAGGGGCACCAGGCGCGAUGGAGGAGAACCUGCGCGCGCAGAUACGCGUUCUGGAGUGCGAAGUGCAGCUGCUCCGCUCUGGCCUCGGCAACAUUGCGGCUGUGCGCCGCCGCGGCCAGGCUGACGCGGCCACCAUGACAUCCGAUGUGUAUUUCACUGCUGCGCACCCAACGGCUGCGGCGUCGGCGCGGCGUGACGGCGGUAGCGGUACCACCGCUACCACGGCCGGCGUGUCCUCGCCCAGCCUCGUCCUCAUUCCACCAAUUCUGCAGGGGAAUACGCACUAUCAACAACAACAGCAGCAGAAGCAGAGUGUAAAGGAUGUCACAACGACGCAGGCGGACAGCCCGCCUGUCGUGCAGCCUGACCACGCCAGCGCGUCGGAGACACAGCGGGUGGAUGGGUUGGAGCAGCUCGUGCGGGAACUCGUGCGUCACAAUACAACACUUUGUAGGGACCUCGCGGAGGCCACUGCUGUGGUCGAGCAGCGUGACACGCUUCUCCGCUCACUCCUGGAGGAGCGGCCAUCGGUGGCAACGCAUCUCUCGCCCGCGUUGUCCCCGACACCAACGACCUCCUUUACGCCCUCACAGGAACAGCAACAGGAUACGACCUUGGUGGCGCACCUGCUACGGGCACAGGAAGAAGUAGCGCACCUCCGUGCGGAGACGCAACGCAUGAGUGCCGCUCUGGAGAGCUGCGAAGCGGAGCUGAAACGCGGUGCCGCCGAGGUGGAGGGGCUUCGACGGCAAGUCGGACAAAUAGUCUUGCCGCCGAGUGGCACAGGGGUUGUGGAACAGGCAACCGCUCCUUCCGUUGUUGCGGCUAGCACAGGUGCCGUUCCUCCACCAGUGGUAACACCCGACAGCAAGAGCAAAGGGCCUGGUGUCAGUGAUGCUACCUCAUCCCCCGCUGGUGCUUCUGUGUGGCAGGAAACGAGCAGCGCGAAUGCGACUGGGUUAGCAGCGGAGGUGUGUGACCUGCGAGUGAAACUGGAGUCAGCAGAACGCAAGGUCCUCGCCUGGGAAACGUGGUACCGGCAAGAACAACAACAGCAGCAGCAGCAGCAGCCGUCAUCUGAGGUGCCUCAACCACAUCCACAAGAAGCGCCUACUAUUCCUCCUGAAAGGCGUUGUGUUGGGGAAACAACGAAGGAAGCUAAGCAGCAGCGGCAGCGGGUUGUGCUGCGAGCGGUGCCUCUUGCCGCUCCCACUCAGCGCAUUGAAUUGCACGGCAUUCCGGCAUGGCGUGAGGGAAGUUCAGUGGACACGCUGGCAAUGGACACUUACGCCCUCAUGGCACGGGAGGCUGCCUGGCGCGAGAUGGCGAGGCAGCAGCAAGACGCUCUCAUGGCGGAACUCUUGACGAGGGAAGGAGGAAGAGGAAGAGGCGUUGCAGACGGCACAGUCCAGCAAGCGUGA